AUGUGUAAGCGAGCAGAUCCCGAUCUCAGCUUCCCAGCCCCACAGCUGGGCUUUGUUGACUCACCCGUCUGCAGUGACCCACGUCUGUGUUUCCUUGGGACUUCGGCUCCUAGACCCCGCCGUGGCUCUGGCCUUAGCUUCGGUCAGCAAGUGAAGAAGAUGGAGAGGAUGCUGCUGUGGCUCCCUGUCCUUGCUGGCCUCUUAGGCAUCGUCUCCCUGGCAGGUCUGCCAGAAGCAAGGAUCCGGGCGCACCCGUCCCACCCCAGCCCGGGCGCAGAGGUGGAGCUGAUCUGUGAGGUGUCGGGGGGGCCCGGGCCAUGGGAGUUCCUGUGGGAGAAGGAAGAUGUCCUGCAGAGGAGCAUGGACAGUGUCUUCUUCAUCCCCUCCUUCGGCAAGAAUGACACUGGCACCUACACCUGCACAGCCACCAGCCCCACGGGCAGAGUCAUCGCCGAGUACCACCUGGAGACCACAAACCUGAAAUGGCUGGCCUUCAUCUUCCCCAGAAAGAGCAAAGACUCCGCCGUGCUUGUGAACAUGGAGCUGGAUGAGCCGCUGCGAAACUUCUCCGUGUGCCUGAGGUACUUCACGGAGCAAAUCAAGUCCUAUGCCCUCUUCUCCUAUGCCACCAGGGGCCAGGACAACGACAUCCUCCUCUACAAGCACAGGCUCCAGAAUUACCGCCUGUAUGUGGGUGGGGAAUUUGUGUCCUUCAAUGCCCAAGGGAAGGAGAGCACCAGCCGGGGUUGGAUCCAUGUCUGUGCCAGCUGGGAAUCCAGCACGGGCAUUGCUGAGCUCUGGGUGAAUGGGAUGCCUCUGCCCCGGAAAGCUCUGCAGGCAGACUAUGCCGUCAGCCCCGAGGCUGCAGUCGUGCUGGGGCAGGAACAGGACUCCUAUGGGGGCAGGUACAAUGCCAGCCAGGCCUUUGUCGGGGAAGUCACCGACGUGUACAUGUGGGAUUUCCGCCUUGCACCUGAUGAAGUACGUUCCAUAAGUGAAGGCUGGGAUAUCCACUCCCCCGCCCUCCUUGACUGGAGGAACUUCCCUUAUGAAAUGAUAGGCCACGUAUUUCUGAAGCCCAGGCUGAGCUGAGCCCCACUGGUGCCUGGAGCUGUGCAGACCACCCCAACCUCUCACCCCAGUCCUGCUGCCCUAUUGCAGGGGGUGCUGCCCGCCUGGUGGCCUCUGCCACUGCACACUGCCAUGCCUCGUGCAUCACAUUUAAAGUUCUGGGUCCAGUGUCAUUCCCAACCAUACAGCUCCUCCCCUCCUACCCCGGGGUCCCCAGCCUCAGGGCACGCAUGGCUUUCACUUGGCCAAUAUUCCCUGCUAGCAAGUCCCGCAUGGCCUGGCUGGGCCUCCUCGCGCUACAGUUUAAGGGCAUGUGCACACGUUCAUGGUACCCAGUCUAUGAUCAUGUGGCUUGCUUUAACCUGCAUGGUCAGAGAUUGAGUGUGGCAUGUACACACGGUCACCAGUGCCAGGAGCUAUGCCAGGAACCUGAUCUUAGUACUGGAAGUUGAGGUGGGCAGAAGGGGGCUAGCAAGUCCACAGGGGGGUCGGCAGGAUCAGAGGUGCUGGUGGGUCUGCGGAGAUUCACCUCCUCAGGUGAACUAAGAUCAGGCUAGCCCUUUUUUACCCAAUCUAACCUCCCUGCACAUCUGUACAGUUUGGUACUUAGAUCGACCCUACCCUAAUUAUGUCUCCAAGUGUAAGGGCUGCACGUACCCUAAAGUAUUUUAGAUAUAAGACCACAGGACUGGCCAGAGCUCCUGGGCCAGCCGUGCCCCUGGGCACUGCAGCAUAGACUUGUGUUCAUGUCCUGACCCCUCUUCAGCCUACAGGACCACUCAAACUGAACCUUCAGGGUCCCUUCCCCACCGCAGCUCCUCUGGAAACCUCCUCUGUUUCAAACCCAAUUUAUUCCUGAGUAGUCUCUGUCCAUUUGCUGGAGAAGCCCUGGGCACACAGUCGCUCCACCUAGCAGGUGCCUUUGGUCUCACCCUCCCCUCCAAAACAUCUAGCGCCACACUCCUCUGUAUUCACGCCCCUUCGUAUUCCAUCGCCUCUCUGCGUUGUUCCACCAGUCACCGGCAGUAGCUGUGAUUUUCGCUGGCAUGCCGUUCGCUCGUCCUCUUGUUUCAUGCCCUUGGGGCAUACUCCAUUGCUUAGGGGCUGGUCCAGAUUUUUGGAGCGUAUAGCAAGGUCUGUAUACUACAGCUCUUUUCUGUCUCAGCCAACUGAAGUGCUUGUGACUGCAUCAUCUGAGAGUGGGGGGAUAGUUUCUGUGUGAGGACACGUCUUGCUGAUGCCAUAGCUGGGUACCCCCACCCAGCACCAGGCCCAGGCCCAUAUUUGGCAUCUCGGAGAGACAGUGCUGGAAGGGACCUCCAGACAUCAUCUAGUCCGCCCCGCUGCUUUAAAACCUCCCAGCUCUUCCCUAUCCUGCCUCCCAGAGUCUCUGAUGAGUGGUCAAUAUGAGUUUACCACUUGCUGCCCUGUUGAUGUGCAGGACCCAGCUACUCAGCACAAUUCAUGAUGGGGCUGGAACUGCUCCCAGCUGGGAUAUGUCUGAGGGGCUCCACACCUAACCAUGGCUGCCCCCCACGCUCUUUGCUCAGCUCUCCCCUGGUCAUGGGGCAAAGCUGGCACUCUGGGCUACUUGACAUCUCCCUCUCAGUAUUGUAGCUGUAGGGCACUUGUGCAGGGCACUUUGCCCGCCAGGGAUGAGCACUCAAGUGCAUUUGCUGUUGCGAGCUAAUCACAGGGUGCAUUGUAUUGACACCGGCAUGUACCUCCAUGUUACCCACAGGCAUUGCAAUAUUAAAGAAACAGCUUGCAAAAGAAA